GAUGGACGGAGUGUAGAAGCGGAGCUGGAUGUGGAAUAAUGCGGUUGUUGUUUCGUUCUGCUUCUCUUCUCAUUCACCACACUUCUCUCACACCGAAGCGUUUCUCCAGAGCUGCUCUCACCAGCUUGAGGAACAUGUCUGAGUAUAUAACGGAGGAGAGAGGGAGACCGAAUUCUGCCGAGUACAGGAUUUAUUUCAAGACGUCAGAAGGGAAGUACAUCUCUCCGUUCCACGACAUUCCUCUGUACGCUUCUGAUCAACGGGAGAACGACGUCCCGACCAAGAGACGGAAGCGAGGCGACGGCGAGCUUCUCUUCAACAUGGUGGUGGAGGUUCCUCGCUGGUCGAACGCCAAGAUGGAGAUAGCCACCAAGGAAGCCCUGAACCCCAUCAAGCAGGACGUGAAGAAGGGGAAGCUGAGAUACGUGGCCAACGUCUUCCCGCACAAGGGCUACGUCUGGAACUACGGCGCCCUGCCGCAGACGUGGGAGGAUCCCCACCACACGGACAGAGACACCGAGUGCUGCGGAGACAACGACCCCAUAGACGUCUGCGACAUCGGCAGCAAGGUGUGCUCACCGGGGCAGGUGAUCCGGGUCAAGGUGUUGGGGAUCCUGGCCCUGAUCGACGAGGGAGAGACCGACUGGAAGGUCAUCGCCAUCAACGCCGAGGACCCAGACGCGGCCAAGCUGAACGGUAUCGAGGACGUUCGGGCGAGCAGGCCGGGUCACCUGGAGGCCACGGUGGACUGGUUCAGGAAAUAUAAAAUACCCGACGGGAAACCGGAGAACCGGUUCGCCUUCGACGGACACUUCAAGGACAAGGACUUUGCGGUGGAGGUGAUUAAAUCCACCCACCGGUACUGGAGAGCGCUGGUACACAAACACGCCCAGCGUGGUGAAAUCGUCUGUCAGAACUCGUCGGUGUGUGAGAGCCCGUACCGCUGUGCCGACGCCGACGCCGCUGCUGUGGUGAACGCCGCUCCAGAGUUAGGAGAGGCUUUAGCUCCUCCUGCAGAAGUGGAUAAAUGGCACUUCCUGUCUGAGUGAUGGUGAGAGGUUCAGCACGGCAUCACUCUCACACACACACACAGGAUUCUUUACAUGCACACACACUAUACACACUCACUCGCACACCUUAGGAUUCAGUACACUUCUACAGUGAAUACACACACACUACACACACACACACACUCUCACACACACACGGAAUCCUGAACACACACACACACUCACACACACACGGAAUCCUGAACACACACACACACUCACACACACACGGAAUCCUGAACACACACACACAGGAUUCUGUACACUACUACAGUAAAUACACACUCACAUACAUUAUUCACACACUUGCGCAUACACUAUACACACACACACACACACACACACUGUACACAUACUUACACACACACUGUACACUCACACACCAAGGAUCCUGUACACUUCUACAUGAACACACACUCUGUACACACACACACACACACACACACACACACACACACACACACACGAGUGGUAUAGAACAUUUCCUUUAUUUUGAGGUUAAAAAUGAAACUCGAAUGAUUUUGAUCUGAUUUAUUAUGGACUGAACGUUUAAAUGAUUAAACGCAGCAGGUUUGAACCUGAUCAAUCAGGUUAAAUAAAUAAAAUCACGCCUUAACACCACAUUAUUAAUGAAUAUUUAAUUUUACUAAAGAUAAAUGAUUUUAUUUUCUAUUCUGAGAGAUAAAUCAGUUUUAUUUUUGUUUAAUUAGCGUUAUUAUUAUUAAUAUUGUUCCCUCAUUAGGGUGGAAAUGUUGAUUUUGUUAGAACUCAUGAUGAGAUUGUGUCUGUAAAGUUCAUUUUCCUGCUGGAACGUUUUUAUUUUAAUAAUAAACGUGUUAAAAUGCU